AUGUGGCAGCAGCCACAGGUUCCCGUGGUAGCUCCGCAGCCUAAAUCUCCCGCAAGACCUCCCGCAAGGUUGUUGGAGGAUGAAGCAGUUCACGUCGAGAGACGGGGUGUGCUUAGGCUGCUUGAUUUCGAAGUCAAAGGCGCCCUCGGUACUGGUACUUUUGGGAGAGUGCUUUUAGUCCGCCUCAAAACAGCAAAUUCAGGGUCUCAAAAUAUUUUUGCAAUGAAAGUCUUGCGCAAAACCGAAAUCGUACGCCUGCGCCAAGUUGAACACGUCAACGCAGAGCGCUAUAUUCUCUCACGUGUGCGGCAUCCAUUCGUAGUGGACCUGUUUGCAACCUUUCAAGACAGUCUCAACAUUUACAUGUUGAUGUCUUAUAUUCCUGGCGGUGAACUGUUUACCCAUCUCCGACGGGCGGGCCGUUUCACUCCUGAUGUCACUCGAUUCUAUCUCGCUAACAUUAUCCUCGCCCUCCAGUAUUUACACUCCUUUAACAUCAUAUAUCGUGACCUCAAGCCCGAAAAUCUACUCCUUGACUCUCGAGGCUAUCUCCGACUCACUGAUUUUGGUUUUGCGAAGAUUGUCGACGACCGUACCUGGACCCUUUGUGGUACACCUGAGUACCUUGCCCCAGAAAUUAUCCAGUCAGAUGGUCACGGAAAAGCCGCGGAUUGGUGGGCGUGCGGCGUCUUGUGUUACGAGAUGCUGGUCGGCUACCCACCAUUCUUUGAUGAGACCGCCUACGGUAUCUACGAGAAAAUUCUACGAGGCAAUAUUAAUUGGCCACGCACCAUGGAUCGACUCUCUAAAGAACUGAUCAAAGCGUUCUUACAUCCUGACCGAAGUAAACGUCUUGGUAAUAUGAUAGGUGGACCGCAAGACAUUCUCCACCAUCCUUGGUUCCGAGGUGUUGACUGGGAAGCUUUGGAACGAUGUGAAAUCAAGGCACCGAUCAUCCCACACACGACGUCACUGGACGACACUCGUCAUUUCUUGAACCUUCCUCACCCAACCCUCGAAGAUAUGCCCGGACUUGUCAUGGAAGAAUCCCCUCCUCCUCUCCAUCGGCGCUUUGACCCUAUAACGUAUCAGUUCCUUGAAUUCUAA